CACCCACUUGUGGUAAACAGGGGAUUGGCAGGCUGACAAGAGAGUGUGGAGCAGAGCUUGAGCCUGCAUGCAGCUGCUCUCAUUUCCUCUCGUACCUGUAUAGUUCAGCAACCACUCCUCCCACUCUCUGUGCUCAGUUGCCACUGCAAUGCUAGCAUGGGCUGCCUACACAGGCGCCUUCUGUCUGCUGCUGCUCCUGUGGUCCUGUAAGAGGUGGCUGAGGGCAGGGCUCCGGGCCAGUGUAGAAGAAGUGGAAGCAGGAUACCAGUUCAUUUACAAACCUUCUGCUCUGGCCAAUUACCUGGUGCGGAGGUGCACAACUUUCCAUGGCUUUGGGAGAGCACUUUGGAUCUGGAAGACUUUCCCAACUCUACAGACUUUGGUUGGACUCCUAGGCCCUGUGGAUAAAGGGGUGCAGUUUGUCAGGGAGUACCUGCAGAUGAGCGAUGAAGGGCUGGUGGCCUUGGACUGGGCUGUCCAACCGGGGCAACCCCAAAGGAGGAGGCGAGCGUCCAGUUACUCCACUGUGCCCAUCCUGCUUGUCAUACCCAACUCAUUUGGCAAGAUCACUAGGAACACCAGCAAGAUGUGCCUCUUGGCCCUCACCCAUGGUUACCAGGCAGUCAUCUUUAACCGCCGCAGCCACAAUGGUUGUCCUCUCAGUACAGUCAAGUUGCAGCAGUUUGGUGACCCAAAUGACCUGAGGGAAGUUAUUCAAUACAUCCGUCACUGUCAACCCUCAUCUCGUCUGUUUGCAGCAGGAGAAGGUACUGGUUCUGGCCUUCUUUUGUCUUACCUUGGUGAAUGUGGCUCAUCCAGCUAUAUUGCAGCUGCUUGCUGCAUCUCUCCAGUGUUUCGCAUGCAGGACUGGUAUGAAGGUGGCUGCCCUUGGCUGUGGAAGGAGAUUCUACUCUUGUACCAGAAGAUGCAACUAAGCAGAUAUAUUUCAGCCUUAGGACAGACCAUUAAUACUGACAGACUGCUGGGGAGUAGGACUUUGAAAGAGCUAGAGGAGGUUGUGUUUUGUCAAAGCAAGGCUUUAAAUAGUUUGACCUGGGAUUCCUACUGGGAGAGAAAUGAUCCUCUGCGAGACAUUGAUGAAGUUGCUGUACCAGUCCUCUGCAUAUGUAGCCAAGAUGAUCCAGUCCGUGGGGGGCCACAAACAACUGUGCCUUUUGAGCUGUUUGAGACAAACCCGCACUUUUUUCUUCUACUGACUCGCCAUGGCGGCCACUGUGGAUUUAUUAAAGAAGAUCUUUCCAGCACAAUAUGGAGUCAUAGUGUCCUCUUAGAUUUCUUUAAGUCUACUGUAGACUUCUUUGCAGUAGAAGAAAGACUAAAAAGCCUCUCCAAGAGAAAGGGGACAAUUUCCAUCUCUGGCAACAGAACAGCUCACAGUGGAGUGCCCUGUAGAAGAGAACAAAGCUGUCCUCAUAACAUUCAUGAAAUAUACAAUUGGCAGAGAUCCUACACAAGAUGACAGAAUCUUUGGAUCUAGACCUUGAAAUAUUCUAGCUGUACAGGGCAUCACUAAUCUGUGACGCUACUUUAACACUCAGAAUUCUCAGUCAUUCGGUGCUAUGAGGCACAGUUUGGACACACUUGGUCUUUGAAAACUGACUGAACAUGAAAUAGGUGCAUUUCACAAUAGCUGCAAAAAAAAUGCAAUAUGUUUUUGUAUGAGAUGAGCAUCAACUGCACCAGUAAAUCUUACAGAAAACACAAUGUUAAGCUUUAAAGAGAGGCAUUGUGGCUUCUAUUAUUCCUGUGAAGAGUAGAAUUAUUAUAAUGAGAAAAAUAAAAAGCAUUUUCAUACA